CUCCACGCCAGGGCUUGGAGCCAGCCGGGCAGGCAAAGAGCGGACGGCGGCGGGGACGGCGCCUGGAGCCGCCGAGGAGCGGCUGUCGCCUUUGGGGGGCAGGUGAAGCCCGAGCCGGGCGUGGCAGCAGGGCAGGAGGGGCGGCGGCUCCCGGUCCCGCUCGUCCUCUCGCUCUCUCUCUCUCGCUGCUGCCGCUGCUGCUGCGGCGGGAGCCAGUACGAUGUUCCCCGCUGCGCCUGGCGCAGGCAGCCCGGAGUGGGACGCGCCCUCGCCGCCGUGCGCCGCCGCCGCCGCCGGGCGCUCAGCCCUGGAGCCGGAGCUGUAGCGGGCGCCGGAGCCCGAGCCGGAGGAGCGGAGCUGGGCUGGGGCUUUGGCGCGCCUCGCCCGCCCGCCCGCCCAGGAUGCUGACCUGCUGCCGCGUCCCGCGCUCGCUGCUGCUGCUGCUGGCCGAGUCCUGCGCCGUCGGAGCCUUCGUCUGGCUCGUCUGGCUGCCCUCCUCCUGCCACGGGAUGCCCCAUGUCAUCCGCAUCGGAGGAAUCUUUGAAUAUGCAGAAGGUCCCAAUGCCCAAGGAAUGAAUGCCGAGGAGCAAGCCUUCCGAUUCUCUGCCAACAUUAUCAAUAGAAAUAGAACUUUGUUACCAAACACAACCUUAACAUAUGAUAUCCAGAGGAUACAUUUUCAUGAUAGCUUUGAAGCCACUAAAAAAGCCUGCGACCAGCUCGCACUUGGCGUUGUAGCAAUAUUUGGACCUUCCCAGGGCUCCUGUACCAAUGCCGUCCAGUCCAUUUGCAAUGCACUGGAAGUACCCCAUAUACAGCUACGAUGGAAGCAUCAUCCGUUGGAUAACAAGGACACUUUCUAUGUUAACCUUUACCCGGACUAUGCCUCUCUCAGCCAUGCCAUUUUGGACCUUGUACAGUACCUGAAGUGGAGGUCAGCGACGGUGGUAUAUGACGACAGCACAGGUCUCAUCCGACUGCAAGAGCUGAUCAUGGCCCCAUCAAGAUAUAACAUUCGCUUGAAAAUCCGUCAGCUGCCCCUAGAAACAGAUGACGCUCGACCUUUGCUGAAGGAAAUGAAGAGGGGACGGGAGUUCCGGAUCAUCUUUGAUUGCACCCACAUAGUGGCUGUGCAGAUCCUCAAGCAGGCCAUGGCAAUGGGAAUGAUGACUGAAUACUACCACUUCAUCUUCACUACACUGGAUCUUUAUGCAUUAGAUCUGGAGCAAUAUCGCUACUCCGGGGUGAAUCUGACUGGCUUCCGGAUCUUGAACGUGGAGAACCCCCACGUGUCUGCCAUCACUGAGAAGUGGUCCACAGAAAGAUUGCAGGUGGCCCCCAAGCCAGAACCAGGGUUGAUUGCUGGAGCAAUGAUGACAGAUGCUGCCCUGUUGUACGAUGCAGUCCAUAUUGUCUCUGUGUGCUACCAGCGAGCCCCCCAGAUGACGGUCAAUUCCCUCCAGUGCCAUCGGCAUAAAGCAUGGCGGUUUGGCGGCCGCUUCAUGAAUUUUAUCAAGGAGGCCCAGUGGGAAGGCUUAACCGGGCGCAUCGUCUUCAAUAAAACCAGCGGGCUGCGGACGGAUUUUGACUUGGACAUUGUCAGCCUCAAAGAAGAUGGGCUGGAAAAGGUUGGAGUAUGGAGCCCCUCCGAUGGACUCAAUAUCACUGAAACCACCCGAAGGCAGGGCCCCAACGUUACCGAUUCCCUGACGAACAGAUCUUUGAUUGUCACUACAGUCCUGGAGGAACCCUUCAUCAUGUUCCGCAAGUCUGACACUGUCCUCUCUGGGAAUGACCGCUUUGAAGGCUACUGCGUUGACCUCCUGAAGGAGCUUUCACAUAUCCUUGGCUUCGUGUAUGACAUCCGGUUAGUGGAGGACGGGAAAUAUGGAGCCCAGGACGAGAAAGGGCAGUGGAAUGGCAUGAUCCGAGAGUUGAUCGAUCAUAAAGCGGAUCUGGCUGUCGCGCCACUAACCAUCACUCACAUUCGGGAAAAGGCGAUCGACUUCUCCAAGCCCUUCAUGACUUUGGGGAUCAGCAUUCUCUACCGGAAGGCCAAUGGGACCAAUCCCAGCGUCUUCUCGUUCCUCAACCCUCUGUCUCCCGACAUUUGGAUGUACAUCCUCCUUGCAUACCUGGGAGUCAGCUGCGUACUGUUUGUAAUUGCCAGGUUUAGCCCUUAUGAGUGGUACGAUGCCCACCCGUGCAACCCAGGAUCCGAUGUCGUGGAGAAUAACUUCACCCUCCUCAACAGUUUCUGGUUCGGAAUGGGAGCCCUGAUGCAGCAAGGUUCUGAGCUGAUGCCCAAAGCACUCUCCACACGGAUCAUUGGAGGAAUCUGGUGGUUCUUCACCCUCUACUCACUCAUCUUCUUCCUACCUAAUUCGGCUAAAACCUGGCUGCCUUCUUUUUGAUCUGUGGAGAGAAAUCGGAGUCCCCUAAUUGACUCCUGGUGCCUCUAAGAUUCAGAUCUGGCCAAGCAAACCAAAAUCGAAUAUGGAGCAGUGAAGGAUGGGGCCACCAUGACCUUCUUCAAGAAAUCCAGGAUCUCUACUUUUGAAAAGAUGUGGGCCUUCAUGAGCAGCAAGCCUUCAGUUCUUGUUAAAAAUAACGAGGAAGGGAUCCAACGCACCCUCACCUCUGACUACGCUCUGCUGAUGGAAUCCACCACCAUUGAAUACAUCACUCGGCGGAACUGCAACCUGACACAGAUUGGGGGACUGAUUGACAGCAAAGGCUAUGGAAUUGGCACACCCAUGGGUUCACCAUACCGGGACAAGAUCACGAUAGCCAUUCUCCAGCUCCAGGAAGAGGCCAAGCUGCACACCAUGAAAGAGAAAUGGUGGCGAGGGAACGGCUGCCCAGAGGAAGAGAGCAAAGAAGCCAGUGCCCUCGGAAUCCAGAAUAUUGGUGGACUCUUCAUUGUUCUGGCCGCUGGCCUGGUCCUCUCUGUGUUUGUAGCCACAGUGGAGUUCAUCUAUAAGCUACGCAAGACAGCUGAACGCGAACAGCGCUCCUUCUGCAGUGCCAUGGCUGAUGAAAUCCGCCUAUCACUUACCUGCCACCGACGUGUGAAACACAAGGCCCCGCCCCCUGUCCUGGUGAAGACGGAUGCCGUGAUCAAUAUGCACACCUUCAAUGACCGGCGGCUACCUGGCAAGGACAAUAUGACUUGCAACACGGGGCUGACACCCGUGUUCCCAUAAAGAACGUAGGGGUGAGAGAAAGGGGGAGGGGGCUUGCUGCAUUUGGGAGGGGGAAACCCACACCUCCAUCUUGCAGAAACAAAGCAAGCGGGGAGAACUGAGCCAGGGUUGGGGUUUUACUUUGUAAGAACAGGGCCUACGAUGCAACGUCAGCCAUCAUUCAACCUGGAACAAGAGCGCAGAACCUGGACUGCGACGUCUUCUGUUUGGGAUUGUUGUUGAAUUUAAAGGAAGUCAAGGUUUAAAGCCCUGCAGGCCUCUCGGCAUCCAACGUGCUCCACCACCCCCUCCCCAUACACACAUCCAGGAGUCUUGAUGUUUACAUAUCAAACCGACGGAAGCAACCGAGCAGGGCGCAGACUGAUCUAGCACCGGAGAAAAGGCGCAAAGCCCUCUGAAUCCAACGCUUCCUUCUCAGUAUGGCAAUAAACAAAAUGACCUUUGGUUAGGACAGGUGUGAAGUCCCAGACGGGGAUGGAAUCUGAACUGGUCAACCCAGAAGGUUUCCAUAGCAACAUAGACUGGAGGCGCAGGGGGGUCAGGAGGGCCCAGAGGAUCCAUUGUCAAAGCCACUGCUUCUCUCAGAAGGAGCAAGACUGUGACCUGUUACCUCAGUGCUGUUUUUAAGCAUCCGGAAGCCCACAAUACCUGUGUGUCUGCCUUGCAUGGGUGCCUUCUCCAGGUAGGAGGUGAUACCGCGGGAAAACAGCUGAGUAGAGUGGAAUUGUCUUGAAACAAGGAUGGAUAAGAGGAGAGCGGAGGUGCCCACCACGAUGCAAACAUUCCCUUUGCUUGUGUCAACCCCUGGAGCUUUGGAGGAGGAAUCGCGCCCUUCAGACAGUUGCUUCAAUGCAUCAGGGCCGCUGGCGCCAAUCCUGCUGAGUUAGACCAAGCCAAGCCACAGGUGAGCGGGGCCAUGGCUCGGUGGAAGAGCCUCUGCUUGGCACCCAGUAGGUCCCACAUUCCAUCUCCAGCGUCUUUAGUUGAAAGGACCAAGUGGGAGGUGAUGUGAGAGACCUUUUGCUGAGACCCAGGAGAGCCACUGCCUGGCUGAGUAGACCCCACUGACCUUGAUGGACCGAUGGUCUGAUUCAAUGUAAGGCAGUUUCAUGUGUCAGAGAUGCAGCCAUGACAAAUGCUGAGAAAUGACAGGUCAGGGAAACAGGAUGGAGGUAGGAGGAAGUGAAUAAAGCUUCGCAUUGUGCCCUGUGUUGAGAAAGAGCAGCCCAGCCCAGUGGUACUUGCUUGGGGGAAACUGAACCAGCAAGGAGGGGGGUAUGCUUGUGCCACUGAGCCAGCCACCAUUAGAAGGGAUUUCCUUCUUCUACAAAAGAUACUGCCCUAUGCUAGGUGCUGUUCGUUGCCCACGUCACUUUUCUUCCAGGCCAAAACGUUCUCUCCAAAUGACCAAAGACUGCCUUUGCCAGCCACUUCAAAGAACACAGGGGAUCGGCUGCUCUGUAACAUCCUCGACGACAAACUGCAAAGGGGGGCCCUUUUCGUGAAACUCUGCCGCUUCUUGUGUUCAGCCUGCUGGAGCCUGAGCCAAACCCUUUUCUUUCUUUCUUUUUUUUGGACUUGUGGUACAAAUCUGAGCUUCAAUCGCAAAUUUGUGGACAGGAUUCCAGUGUCAAGAUUUCAAGUGGUUGACAUUCCAAGUCAAGUCAGUCCCAGUCUGGGUUAGAACACGUGCCAGCAAGUAGUCCAGAGAGAGAACUAGACUUGGGUUUGACAUAACCAGGUAAAUCUGUUGACUCUGUAGCUGCCAAAACAGCAUGAGCCAAAAGUCAAUCCUCUAACCAGCCUUCUGUGGGCUGCCACGCCCUAGUCUUCUGCCAGCUGCCAAAUUCAUGCCAGGUGCUGACCUUAGGUUGCAACUCGUCAAAUGCAGCAGGUGCUAGUCCAGAGACAGUGUGCAGGAGAGAAACCACUAGGAAGGCUUAGCUGUCCACCAGAAUCUUACGCAGUAACUUUGCUCAGGCCUGAAGUCAAAGGACACAGAAAGCUGGCAGUUGAGGUUCCUGUCAGGAGUCAAGGAAAGAGAGUAGGGACAGGGGUGCCUCUUUCCCUGUGGGCCAUUUCUCACCUCACACCCCCAGAGGUGUAGUGGGGGGGAUGACACCUGGGGUAAUACCUGCUCCGCCAGGAGCAGCCUGGUGGGGCAGGGCCAAGGGAAGAGGUAUGGGGCCCCCGAUUCUGCCCCCAUGUGACCAGCUGGUGUGCACCCAGGGACAUGUGACCCCACGUGUCCCUGUGAGUGCUCCGCCUCUGCAUACUCCCUAGCUGAUCCUUCUCAUGGUAGAAAGCAGGUUAGGGGUCAUGGGGAGGGAGUGGCUUGAAGGGAAAAGGGGCAAGGCCCUGCUUUCUCCUUCAUCCACUCCCAACUGCAGAUUCUAGCAAACACUUUUCUUUGAAAAGAACAUCCGGUGUGGAAGGAAAUUCUGCAGAAAUCCACUUGAGCGGUCUCGGAUGUAUGUUAUGUCUGGUUUUCCAUCAGAAGGGGGAAAAGCUGGCUGUAGAACCCCUCACCUUUCUGUUCAGCAUGAAGGGAUUAAGGGGUCAGAAACCUUCCAUCUGCCUAGCGUCCAUGCCAUAGGAAACACAGAAGGGCCCUAAAGGCCUUUUGCAGCUGCAGGCAAACAGUCUGUGAGCACCCAUGGCAUUCAAACACAUGGGAGGGUGUAUUUGACUGGUCUUUUCGCAAUCUUUGACUUUCCCCUCCACACCUGUUUGACAGAAGGGUCUCUUAUGCUCCCCCAUACCUCUUCUAGGCUGGGUCCCAUAUGGAGAUUGUCUCCAACCUUUCUGGGACCACCCCUCAUUUUCCUAAUCCUGGCUCCAGAGAUAAGCAUUAUUUUUACAUUUCCUUGCAAAAGCUUCGUUCUUUUCCAUUAUCUGCUGUUGUUUUUCCCAUUCAUUUUUUUGGUUAAUCCAUCAGUUUUCAGUCCCACUGGGUCCAACAGGAAACGCAUUUCCAGCUGUAACGUCUUUCAUUUCAAUCUCAUUUGGAUGAAAAAUUUCAGCAGUUGGAUUGCAUCCCCCACCCAGGGGAUCAUCUCUGCUAAAUAUCAGGGGGAAAGAUGACAUGUCCCCCCUCCCCGCCCCCCGCCCCCCGGCCCCUUUUUAAAAAGAAUUACAACCAUCACUUGCCAAACAAGCUUAAGCAGAAAAAAGCUGAAAUAAACCAGUUGCCCAGAGAAGAAGUGUUGCAUAGUUGACAGAGGCUUGGAAACCACACAGGAGGCUCACCUCCCCAGGAAGAACGGCAGCAAAGUAACCUAGCUGGCAGAGGCUGGCAUUUUGAACCCCCCAGGAAGACAAACUGCAGGGCUUAUCAGGGAGGCAUCUGCAUGUAGCAUUCAAUACCGUACGAUACAAAACCUUUAUUGGCAUAACAAGGUAAAAUACAGAUGGACACAGAUAGAAGUACAAGAUUUAGACAUUUAGUAUUCUAGGAUGGCAGGCAGCAGCACAACAGGGGCAGAGGCUUGAGCUUAGAAGCCCCAAUUUCCCGCCCGCCCACCUCCCCCCCCAUUUCACCAAACCAUUGAGGACUGGUAGAAACACUUUGGAAUGGAAGACAUCAUGACUGAAUGGUCUGGAUGAUUGGGAAGCUUUGAAGAAAAGCCCUUUUAUUACCUUUUAUUAGAACCAGCCAAAUUGCCACGAAACAUUGUGCAAAUGUUCAGGCUCCCCCAAACUCAUCAGACUGGGGGGUUGGAAAAAUUUUAAAAGAUAGAGGGGUGGAAGCAGAUUUUUCAGGCGGUGACAUUACGACUUCAUCUCAAAACAGUUCCAUUUCUCCUGGCUCCCUUUUCCUCUGAGGUGACCACUCAUAAUCUCAUUCCCUUUUGUUACCCUAACAACUGUAUCACAGAGUCUUGUUCCAGUUCAUUUUUUCGUUCACUUUGAAAUUACUUUAAACCUCCCGUUUCCUUCUCUCAUAUGGUUGGCAACCUUCAGGGGCAGCUUGGAGCUUUACUGAAAUCACAACUGAUCUCCAGGCUAAAGAGAUCUGUUCCCCUGGAGAAAAUGAGAACUUCAGAGGGCAAACUCUGUGGUCUGCCAUAGAUGAAAUCCCUCUCCAAAUUUCCCGCUUCCACAGUCACCACCCCCAAAUCUCCAGAAAUUUCCCAGGCUAGAAAUGGCAACCCUAUCCUAACACUUUCUUGAUCAAUGUUGUUAACAGAAAGAAACGAAGUCCAUGGGGAGCUCUUAUAAGCUAUAUAGCGUGCUUUUUGCUCACUGAUCCGGAUGUUUUCCAGGGUUUGUAGGAUUCUUACAGUAAGGGGGACAUGACCCCACUUGUCGAAUUAGAUCCUUUUGCCAUAGAGGAGGUGAAGGGAAGCUGUAAAUCCCUCCAGAGAGCCAGUGUGCUGUAGUGGUUAAGAGCAGGGGCACUCUAAUCUGGAGAACCGGGUUUGAUUCCCUGCUCUGCCACUUGAGCUGUGGAGGCUUAUCUGGUGAACUAGAUUAGCUUGUG